AUUGUUUUGAUUUCAAUUUUAGCAAUUGUCUUCGCUAAUAAGGAGGUAGAAACUACUCAUGGACGUGUCAGUGGUAGAAGCUUUAAAACAUUUUUUGAAGAAAAGAAAUACCAAGCUUUUUUGGGAAUACCAUUUGCAGCACCGCCCGUUAAAGACCUCAGAUUUAAGCCACCACAACCAGCUAAACCAUGGGAAGGUGUGUUAGAGGCUACAAAAAUUAAACCAGCCUGUGUCCAAUAUAAUUCUAACUUUCUUAAAGGGAAAUCUUUAGGACAAUACGGUGUAGAAGAUUGUCUAUACCUCGACAUAUUUACCCCUGCUGUAGACAAAAAUAAGCGACCAGUAGUCGUGUUUUUAUAUAGUGAACGUCUGCAAAAUUCAUACAAUAAAACCAAAGACUAUUCCCCAGAUUUUUUUAUAGAAGAAGAUAUAGUAGUUGUAACAGUAAGUCACCGACUCUCUAUAUUUGGAUUUUUAUCAUUAGAAGACGAUACAGUGCCGGGAAAUUCAGGAUUAAAAGACAUUGUAAUGGCAUUAGAAUGGAUUUCAAAUAAUAUUGACAAAUUUGGAGGUGAUUCAUCCAAAGUAACGUUGUUAGGUGCCCAAGGAGGCGCCGUUGCAGCUGAUUUACUUAUUCGUUCUAAAGCAAAAAAAUUUUUUCACUCUGCGAUACUGCAGAGCGGAUCGUCACUAAGUCCCUUGUAUUUGCAAGAAAAAUCCCGCGAGAGAGCUUUUAAACUCGGCAAACUGUUAGAAAUUUCCACAUCAAGUAAUAGUCGACUUUUAGAAGAACUCAAUAAUAUUGCACCCUCAGAAUUAUUUAAGAUGGAGCUUCGAGCUGCGCCGGACGAUUAUUUUAAAGAAAACCAAAGGGGUGUACUAACAUUUGGUCCAAUAAUUGAAAAACAAGCCGAUGGUUUGAUAACAGAAUAUCCUGAAGAUUCCUUCGAGAACAUAAACAUACCUAUAAUGCUCGGAUUUAACUCUCGGGAAGGUUUGAGGUCUUCUUACAUGUACCUUAAGACCCCACAUCACCUUACGUUUGUGGAAAAAGACUUUCCAUUUUUAAUGCCUUUGCGUCUAAAGUUUAGCUUUGAUCCUCUGACUAAUAGCUAUUAUGAUGCUAUAGACGACAUAAAAGAAUAUUAUUUCAAAGAAGGCAAAGUGACAAUAAAAAGUACUCCAGAGUACAUAACUUAUUUAGGUGACGUACUCGGAUAUUCAUUGGAUAAAACUGCACAAAUGUUCGCUAAUCUAUCGUCGAAACCAGUUUACUAUUACCACUUUGACCAUUAUGGUGAUUUGAAUGAAAUUAAAGAUUUGUUAUUAAAGGAUGCAGUAGUUAAAGACGGUACUUGGGGGGCAGCGGAUGGAGAUGAACUCUGCUAUUUAUUCAGAUGCUUAAGUCUCAAAGAUAAAUAUGCAAAACUUAAGCGCUUGGAGUCUGAAAAAAUAGGAAUGCGAAAGAAAUUGGUAAAAUUGUGGGCAAAUUUCGUGAAAUAUGGAAAUCCAACUCCCGAGAAUGAUAGUCUAUUGGGUGAUAUAACAUGGCCGUCUUAUAACUUGGAAACAAAAGAAUACUUACUCAUUGGAGAAAACUUUGAAGUAAAAAAGAAUUUAUGGGAAAAUAAGUUUCAAUUUUGGGAUAAUUUUAUGGGAAAAUGGGAAAAAAGAGUUUUUAACGGUGUAGUUACCGAUAGUGAAAAUAAAAGAGACGAGCUAUAAA